CUCAAUACAAAACAUAAUUAAAAUUAAUUUUCAAAAUUCAUUAAUUUAAAUAAGAAAAAGGAUGAGUUCCAACGAUAUUAAUAUGUUUAAUUUUGAAAGCGAAGUAACAUUUUCAAAACGCCGCAAAUGUGGCGAAAUAUUUUUAAGUGUCAAGAGCCCUUAGAUGAGCCUGAAAAUAUUGAAGAAUCAAAUCAACAGGAAAAAAAUUGUUCAACUUCAAAAAAAUGUGAAUCAAAUAUUACUCCAAUUUGUGCAAAACGUAUAUCUCCGAAUCUUUUUCAAAUUAAUUACAAAAAAUUUCAUCAAAAACGAUCUGAAAUUACUAAAAAGCUAUUUGAAAAAACUAAACAGUCAGAUUUUAUGUAUAAUAAAACUCAAGAAGCUUCAUUUUUGGAUAAUGAAACCGAUAUAGAUGACCAAAUUUUCUUGCACGGGAAUAAAAAAGUUGUUACUUCAAGUGAAAAAGAACAAAACAAUGAAAAAUCACAACAAGAUACAGGGGCCAACACGUUUAAUGUGCCAAGUAAUGAAAAUGUUCGCCAAAACUGUGAUGAAAUAACUCGACUGAAAGAAAUAGAAUAUUUAUCCAAAAUAAAUGCCGAUUCUAAAAGUCAAUUAGAUUCACUUUAUUUGGAAGAUCACGAAAUGAUUGAAUGCAAAGACGAUUCCUUCAGUAGUGGUUUGUUUGAUAAAGAUAAAGAUUUUCUCGAUCUAGAAAAUGAAAGCAAUAUAUCAGAAAGUUAUCAUUUUCCUUACAAUAAAUAUUACACUAAGAAUCAUGAAGGAAGGCAAUUAGAAAAACUUCAUGGAUAUGGUAAUGAAAAAGAGUACAAAAGUUGUAAUACUUGACAUUGUACAAAUCAUAAAAUGUAAUAAAUCAAGCAAAAGAUUGCCAAAUUAGAAAUUAUAAUAAUA